AUGCUUUGGUUUACCCUCUCUGGGUUAUUUUUCAUGAUUCAAGGAAUCUGUUGCGAUCCUCAAACCCUUCUUCUGAUCUCACUGGACGGAUUCCGCUGGGAUUUUGCAAGCAAGGCGAAAACUCCUAACCUGGAUAUGCUGGUAAAAACAGGCGUCACAGUGCCUUAUGUUAGAUCUGUUUUUCCGACAGUCACUUAUGCAGGGCAUCAUAGCAUAGUAACCGGCUUAUACCCAGAAAGUCACGGAAUAGUCAGCAAUACCAUGUACGAUCCAGUUCUUAAGGAGUGGUUUGGGGCAUCUCAGACAGAUCCACGAUGGUGGAGUGCAGCAGAGCCCAUUUGGGUAACGAACCAGAGACACAAAGGAAGAAGUGGAUUGCUUUACUGGCUAGGGGAACGCGUCAAAAUAAAGGGAAUGUAUCCUAAAUACAAAAUUAAUUCUGCCUCGCCACAUAUUGACUUCACGAACAGCACAGGGAAGGUAAUGAACUUUGAAAAACGCGUGGAGAAACUAAUUAGCUGGUUGACUGGUCCAAAACCGCCGAAUUUUGUGGCUGCUUACUUUGAAGAACCAGACAAAACUUGUCAUCACAAAGGGUGGCCAGAUCUACCUCUUGCUAUACAGCGAGUGGAUAAAACCAUCGGCUUGGUCGUGCAAGGUUUAAAAAAACAUCAUCUGUUCGAUAAAGUUAAUAUUAUAGUCACAGCGGAUCAUGGCAUGGCUAACACGUCAUGCGACAAAGUGAUUGAUCUCGACAAGUACGUCAACCCAGACAACUUUGAGUUUUGGGAUUCCUGGUUUAAUAUGAUGCUUGCGCCGAAAGCUGGCAAGACAGAGGAGGUGUACGAGCGGCUAAAAAAUGUCCCACAUUUGCACGUUUAUCACAAGAAAGACGUUCCCAUGGAUUUACACUGCAGAAAUAAUCAACGCAUUUCAUCGCUUGUGCUCAUUCCAUCAGAGGGCUGGCUUGUGAGUUCCAAAAAGGGCAGGCUUAUAAAAAUCUCAAAGGACAUGCACUGGGUAGAACUUAACCACGGUAUUAGUUGCAAAUGCAAGUCAAUGUCUACUGCUUUUGUUGCACACGGGCCCGCAUUCAAAGUCAAUUUCACAGGCAAACCGUUUGAAUCGGUCAGCCUGUACCCACUAAUGUGCAAGAUCUUAGGAAUUCCCCCACAGCGGAAUAAUGGUAGUUUAGAUGAGACUAGAGAUUUAUUAAGGCCCAAAAUGUUGUCAAAUAAUAACGUAAAAAUGUGA